AUGAUGAAAUCAAAAAAAGUAUUCUAUCUGCACUGCUAUAACAUAGAUUCAAAAGAAUUUGAUAAGGUGUCUAGAACAAGUAACAACAGAAUUUGAUUUGGAAUUUGAAAGGAUAGAAGGCAGUUAUAUUUUAAAAAAAUGGAAGGCAAUAUACAAACACUAAAUUGGAAAUUAUGGAUUAGAGACAUUCAAUGAUGAUGAUGUAACUGGAUAAUAAUAUAGUAAGACUAAAAUAUAAUAUUUGUAAUUGAUUUAAGUCAUGGCAAAAGCAUAGGUUUGA